AAGCAAUAUGGUAGACGUCGGUGAAUGACUGUGAAGUUUCAGCCGAGUGUCAAACUGAGUUGAGAUGGGUCAAAAUCAGUCUGGUACUGGUGGGUCUGGAGGAGACAAGAAAGAUGACAAGGACAAAAAGAAGAAGUACGAGCCUCCGAUACCUACAAGGGUUGGCAAGAAGAAACGCCGUACAAAGGGUCCUGAUGCGGCUUUAAAGUUACCUCAAGUCACACCCCACACGAGAUGUCGAUUAAAAUUACUGAAACUGGAUCGUAUUAAAGAUUAUUUACUUAUGGAGGAAGAGUUCAUUAGGAACCAAGAGAGGCUGAAGCCCCAAGAGGAGAAGAACGAAGAGGAGAGGUCUAAGGUAGACGAUCUUCGAGGAACCCCUAUGUCCGUCGGCACUUUGGAAGAGAUAAUAGAUGAUAACCAUGCCAUUGUGUCUACCUCGGUUGGCUCCGAACAUUAUGUUUCGAUCUUAUCCUUUGUCGAUAAAGAUCAACUGGAGCCUGGUUGCUCUGUGUUAUUGAAUCACAAAGUGCAUGCAGUCGUUGGUGUCUUGGGUGACGAUACGGAUCCUAUGGUAACAGUUAUGAAGCUGGAAAAGGCUCCUCAAGAGACGUAUGCCGAUAUUGGAGGUUUGGAUAUUCAAAUUCAAGAGAUAAAGGAGUCGGUAGAGUUACCGCUGACACAUCCUGAGUAUUACGAGGAGAUGGGCAUCAAGCCACCGAAAGGUGUCAUUCUUUACGGGCCGCCAGGAACUGGGAAAACUUUAUUAGCCAAAGCAGUUGCGAAUCAGACUUCAGCCACGUUUCUUAGAGUUGUUGGUUCUGAGCUGAUUCAGAAAUAUUUAGGAGAUGGUCCGAAACUUGUCAGAGAGCUGUUCAGGGUUGCGGAAGAACAUGCUCCCUCUAUUGUCUUCAUAGACGAAAUAGAUGCUGUUGGAACUAAACGGUACGACAGUAACAGUGGAGGAGAGCGUGAGAUUCAGAGAACAAUGUUAGAACUUUUGAAUCAACUUGACGGUUUUGAUAGUCGAGGAGAUGUUAAAGUUGUUAUGGCUACCAAUAGAAUUGAAACCUUGGAUCCAGCAUUAAUUAGACCCGGACGUAUCGACAGAAAAAUUGAAUUCCCUUUGCCGGAUGAAAAGACGAAACGAAGGAUUUUUAGCAUCCAUACCAGUAGAAUGACACUGGCGCCUGAUGUUAAUCUUUCCGAACUCAUUAUGGCAAAGGACGAUCUUUCUGGUGCUGACAUUAAGGCCAUCUGUACGGAAGCUGGUUUGAUGGCACUACGAGAGCGAAGAAUGAAAGUUACUAGCGAUGACUUCAAGAAGUCAAAAGAGAGCGUUUUAUACCGAAAGAAAGAAGGUUCACCCGAAGGACUGUAUUUAUAAAACAAUUCACGUUCAAAUUCUGUAUUUGUCAUUCAACUAUAAGAACACACGUUUCCAACAAAUAAAGUUGUAUUCAUACUGGA